CGGAAAUGGUCCGUCCUUGUUUUUAUUCCGCCCGCCUGCAGCUGUUGGCGAGGCUUGGCAUUUUCGUUUCUCGUAUUUCAAGGGUGAGUGGAGAAUGGAUGCGCUUGAUCAUAUGCUCACGGAUCCCCUGGAGUCUGGGGUGGGCAGAGGUGGGCGCAUCAUGGAGGAGUGCAUGCUGGGAAACAGCCGAGUCAGCCUGCCGGAGGACCUUCUGGAGGAUCCGGAGAUCUUCUUCUCGGUGCUGAGUGAGAGCACGUGGUCCAGCGUGCUGACGGACGCCCAGAGGCAGCGACUCCGCCAGUUCCUCCCUCAGUUCCCCGACAACUCCACCGCCCAGCAGGACGCUGUCAUCAGCGACCUCUUCAACAACCAGAACUUCCGCUUCGGAAACCCCCUGCACCUAGCGCAGAAACUAUUCCGAGAUGGCUACUUUAACCCAGAAGUGGUCAAGUACAGGCAGUUGUGUGCAAAGUCUCAGAGGAAACGGCACCUGUACUCUCUGCAGCAGUACUACCAUCGGCUUCUCAAGCACAUCCUGGUGUCCAGGAAGGAUCUGCUGGAGAGGGCGAGUCGCAGCGGGCCAGACCUGGCCAUGAAGCGGAGGUACCCCUCGCCAUCCCGGGGGGAGGCCCAGGAGCAGCGGGCGCGGCGGAGGGUCUCCCGAAUCCUCAGGGAGGUGAAGAGCGAGUGCGCGGACAGCAACGUGUCCUCCGACGACGAGGAUAUGGGGUCCUGGUUCCCGGCCCCACCCUCCCCCUCCUCCCCUACGCCCACAGUCUCACUCAGGGUCCUUCCCAGCCUCUCCACCCCGGACAUGAAGAUGACAGAGAAACCAGACCUCGGGGAGAAGGAGAUGAGAGCCCUACUGAGGAGGCACAGGGAGAAGAGGAAGCGGCAGCCGGAUCAUCCGGACCUGAUGACCUCUGACCUCCACCUGGGUGACAUCAUGUCCAGAGUGAAUGUCGGGCGAAAGGGUUCGAUCAUGGCCCUGUUUGACCUCGCUCUGCCCAAGAAGAAGCUGAGGGAGGAGAAGAGGAAGAAGAAGAUGAGGCCCAUCAAGAUGGAACCGGAGGAGCCCUGCGACGUUCUGACGCCCUCCGAGGCCCCGCCCCCCAGCGCUGCUGUCACCGCUGCCGUGCCGGAGGCCCCGCCCCUUCCGCUGCCCAGCGUCAAAGAGGAGCCAAUUGAGGAAGCGCAGAACAGCCCGGUUCAGGUGGAGGAGAUCGCCAUCAGCUUCUUCAACCUGCUGGAGGACAUCUUGGGGCUUGAGGGGCUCGCCAGCACAGCCACGCUGGAGGAGAAGGUGCAGCAGUGGCAGGCCUCUCCUGCCAGCACCCUCAACCCAUGGUUCUCCGCCGCCCCCUGCUGGUCUGAGCUGGUACUGCCCGCCCUCCAGUUCCUGGCAGGAGAGAGCAAGCCUGGCAUGAUGUCCCUCCCCAGUGGGUUUUCACCGCUGGUGGAGUUGAGGGAGCGCCCUCAGCAGUGGAAAUGGAUCAACCACGGCCAGGACGGAGAGAAGGACCUGAGCGAGCUCUGUCAGCACUGGCUGGAGUCAAAGGACCAGGUGGUUGUCAAGCAGGAGAACGAGGAACCGGCUGAGCUGACUCCUCCCACUCCCAGAGUAUGGACAGACUAUGUGGUGAGGCCCAGCACGGGGGAGGAGAGGCAUGUCUUUCAGGAACAGGAACAGCAGCGUUACGACCAGCCCCACAAGGCCUUCACCUUCCGCAUGCACGGGUUCGAGUCGGUGGUGGGGCCAGUCAAGGGCGUGUUCGACAAGGAGACGUCCCUCAACAAGGCCCGCGAGCACUCCCUGCUGCGCUCGGACCGUCCUGCGUACGUGACCAUCCUGUCUCUGGUGCGUGAUGCGGCCGCCCGGCUGCCCAAUGGCGAGGGGACACGGGCGGAGAUCUGCGAGCUGCUGAAGGACUCCCAGUUCCUGGCGCCUGAUGUCACCAGCGCUCAGGUGAACACGGUGGUGAGUGGUGCUCUGGACAGGCUGCACUAUGAGAAGGACCCCUGUGUGAAAUACGACAUCGGCCGCAAGCUGUGGAUCUACCUGCACCGCAACCGCAGCCAGGAGGAGUUCGAGAGGAUCCAUCAGGCCCAGGCAGCCGCUGCUAAGGCUAAGAAAGCACUACAACAGAAGCCCAAACCAGCACUGAAGCCUAAGUCUAGCAGCAAAGAGGGCGGAGGGAAGACCCCUGGGGCCUGUGAGCCUGGGCAGAUCGUCUUGGGCGACGGAAGCACCAUAGUGACCACCACCAUGCCAGCCACGCCAACCACCCCCACCGCCAGCACCCCCGGCACGCCCAAAUCCCCCCUGGCCCCGGCCAUCGGGACCCCCACCAAAACCGGCGUUCCUGACCCCAUGAAACCUACCCCCAGUGUCCUCCUGGUGUCCCCGCCCUCCAUGCCCCAGCUGGGCACCCUCCUCUCUGCCAGUCAAUCGGCCUCCCAGGCCUCCCAACCGGCCACCUCACAGCCUGGGACUCGAGUAGUGGCCCACCCAGGGACGGGCCCUCUUCCCCAGGUGCGCGUGGUGACUGCACAGCCCGGCCUGGCCCCCUCCCCAGGGAGCCAGCAGGCCACGCUGGUGCACCAGGCCUCCCACCAAAUCCGUGUCCCGGUGACCGGGGGGCACAGCAAGGGCAUCACUCAGACGGUGGUGACCCUGCCCCUGAGGACCCAGUCUGGGGGCAGUCCUGUGCAGGUGCAGGCUGCCCGGGCUCAGAGCGGCCUCACCGUGACGGCUCUGGCGCCCGCCGUCACCGUGUCCAAGCCCCAGACCAGCUCCCCCGGGAGCCCCGCCCACAACCCCGCCUCCCCUGCCGUCCUGCAGGGCGUCACCAGCCAGAACAUCAUCAAGCAGGUGGCCAUCACGGGGCAGCUGGGCGUGAAGUCCCAGGGGGGCGGGGGCAUCCCGCUCACCGCCACCAACCUGCGCAUCCAGGGCAAGGACGUCCUGCGUCUGCCCCCGUCCUCCAUCACCACGGACGCCAAGGGCCAGACGGUGCUGCGCAUCACCCCGGACAUGAUGGCCACCCUCACCAAGUCUCCCGUCACCACCGUCAAGCUCACGCCCGACAUGCUCAGCGCGGCCACAGGGGGCGCCAAAGGCAUCUCCGCCACCCUGCACGUCACGCCCUCCCACCCCUCCUCGCCCUCGUCCUCCUGCCCCGUCCCUGACGCCGGGGUCCUCAAACCCGGCUCCUCGCUGGUGAAGGUCCACCCGGAGCUGAAGACGACGGCGGGCGAGGCCGCCAUCCGCCUCAUGCCCGCGCUGGCGGUCUCCGUGGCCGACCAGAAGGCCCGGCCCUUCUCCACCGCCGUCGCCACGGCGUCCGAUUCCAAGUCGGCCGCCACCAUCCGCAUCAUGCCUGGGCUGGGCGUCAUCCCGUCCAAACAGGGCCAGGCCAUCACCGUGACGACCGCCGCCGGCACCAAACCCAUCGUGGCCUCCUCGGCCGGGGGCGCUGUCACCAUAGCGACCAGCGCGAUGGCGGGGGCCAAGGGCAUCACCAUGGGGCCCGCCGUCUCGGCCUCGUCCCUCUCUUUGGGGAGCGGCACAGCCACAGUCCGCCAGGUCCCCGUUACCGCCACAGUGGUGUCCACUCAGCCGGGUAAGCUCCCAGCCCGGAUCACUGUGCCCCUCUCUGUGCUCAGCCAGCCAUUGAAGAGUAAGAGCGUCAUGACGACCCCGAUCCUGAAAGGGAACAUCAGCACCAAUAUCAGCAGCCUGGGCCGGAACAUCAUCCUCACCACCAUGCCGGCCGGAACCAAGCUGAUCGCUGGGAACAAGCCGGUCAGCUUCGUCACGGCACAGCAGCUCCAACAGCUUCAGCAGCAGGGCCAGGCCACUCAGGUGCGGAUCCAGACGGUCCCGGCCCAGCAGCUGCAGCAGCGCACGGCCCCGGGCUCGCCCAAACCCGUGUCCACCGUGGUCGUCACGACGGCCCCCUCCCCGAAGCGGACCCCUGACCCCCAGUGACACCCCUGUCCCUGCACAACCCUCCUCCCCAGAGACGCUCUCUCCGUGGGCCGCAACCCAAACUCCUGUCCCAGCGUCAUAGCGGGUCCUGAAACCUCCAGGAGACGCACACCUACACCCUGCUGUGGACUGGGACUACCACAGCGCCUGGCCUGUUUCAGCGACCGUCUUAAAGGGCACCAUCGGCUCUGUGUGUCCUCAAGUAGAUACGCAUUUGCACUGUAUGUAAAAAAUAACUGCUGUAUCUACUUUAAAGAGACAUUGUUUGUUUAAAUGGUUCCUUCAAAUUUUUCUGUCGUUUCGCUUUGUAUCAUAUAAGGUUGUUCAUGUUGGUCAUUUCUACCAGGAAGAUGGAAGAGCAAUUGCCCUAUAUAUCAAAGUCUUGUGUGCUGGUGUCAAUUCUUGAUGUGGCAAAUGAGGGGUUGGUAAUCUUUCUUCAUUGUUUGGAUACAGUAGCCAUCUGAGAAUUAGUGAUUGGGUUGAUCGUCUGUUACCAAGUUGCCGGUGGAUAACUGAACUGCAGUGUCCUGCAUUUCACAUGUAAACUGUCGGGUCUGUUGCUGUUGUUCGUUGCUGAGUUGACAUAUCGUGCUCGUAUGAUACUCAAUAGGACAAAUUGUGUUCCGAUGUCAAUAAAAAUCCAUUUUUUUCAGUCAGCAAAA